UGGAUUAUCGGAAAAAAAUUAAGAAAGGGAAAAUAGCUCCGGAUGAUGUAGACUUAGGAAAAAUUCAUAUGGACCAAAAACUUGAUAAAGCACAGAACAUCUUUUCGCUUGAAACUAUUCAAGACAAUCUGACAAUGGAAACAAAAUUGGUGCCAAGUGAAAAUGGAAUUCAGUUCAUCACUAAUUUAAAAGCAGGAGCUUCAAGGUGGAAAUCCUACAGUACUAACCGCAGAAUAAGAAAACGAGCUUCCAAACAUCAGGCCUAUUUUAAACCAGCAGAAGAACCAGGGAUCAACAUAGAUGAAGACAGAACCAUCUCUGGUGGUCUUGGGUUGGAUGAAACUGGGCUUAAUUUUGUUGAUGGAAAAGUUUUGAAAAAGAAGAACUCCCAGUUGAUCCAGGCCAACACUGAGGCUCUCAUUAAACACUUUGCAAGACUGGGCCAAUCAACCGAUGAUAAAACGACCAUUGACUUGGAAUUUGUGUAUGCUCUGCUGGAAGGUGGCGCUGAUAUCAAUUGUACAGAUCGCUAUGGUCAGACUAUACUGCAUGAGGUUGCAAGGUCCUGGCACAUUGAUGUUGCCAAGUUUGUCAUAGAAAAUGGAGGUGAUGUAAACAAGGGGGAUAAAUAUGGACGGACACCUCUGCAUGUAGCAGCAGCUGUUGACUAUCCUGAAAUGGUUAAUCUACUGAUAGAGAAGAAAGCAAAUAAAGAAGCCAAAACAAAGGGUGAAGAACAGACUCCUGUUUUUUAUGCUGCCAAAAACGAUGCUGUGCAGUCUCUAAAAGCACUUAUCAAACAUGAUUGCCGGUACAAGCGUGUUGUAGACUACAAAGGGAGAACACCUAUUCACGUGGCAGCUGAACUUGAUCGCAGUGAGACUGCAAGACUUCUGCUAGAGCUUGAGGCACCUGUGUUCAUCAGUGAUAAUGAUGGCACCAGAGCCAUUACCUGGAUGAUAAACAAGAUGGCGCCAGUGGCGUAUGAAGGAUUAAAACAGUUGCAUCUGACAGACAGACCUAACAGGAAGCAAUAUUUUUACCUGAACUAUCUUGUGAGAGAUAAAGAAAAAGAUGUAGAUGGCUAUGUACAAACUCCGAUCCACAUAGCUGUGGGAUUGAGGCAGUAUGACCUAAUCAUGCACCCAGUGUUUAUGCGCCUCAUGGAUGUGAUGUGGAUAAAGUUUGGCAGAUUCUGGUCGGUUGUUAAUGUAUGUGUCAAUUUUCUCUACAUUGUGCUGUGGACUGUCAUAGGAAUUGUGGUAGAGUAUGAUAAAAGGCAUAUUUACGAUCUACCAGAUGAUGUGUGGAGGAUUGUACUUUUUAUUCUGGCAGGAACAGCCACAUUCUACCAAAUCUAUGAGGAAAUCAUGGAGUUUAGGAGAUCCCAGCACAUUCACAAUUCUUGGGAAGAAAAACGCAAAAAGGACAUUGAAAGAGACAAGCAAUAUUGUCAUCCUCGUUGGCCUGAAGAAAGGAAAUACUUAGAUGGGGAAUUAGGAGAAAUUGAGAAACUCAAGCCCAAAUACUUCAGUGAUGCAUGGAACAUCUUUGAUUGGAUAUGUUACAUUUUGCUUCUUGUUUGCAUGGCUACACAUAUAGCAGAUAUAAUCUCUCACACUGAACUUUUGGCUCGGGCUCAUAUUCGUCUUAUGUCUAUUACCAUCAUUUUUCUUUGGCUGAGGUUAAUGAAAAAUGCAAGGGCUUUUGCUGCAUUAGGUCCUUUUAUUGUGAUAGUUGGUCAUAUCUUAAAGGAUUGUGCCAGGUUUCUCUUCCUUUACCUGGAGUUUUACAUACCUUACAUGGCUGCAUUUUGGAUGAUAUUUGGUGGGACAAAAAUGGCCCAGAACUCAAACUCAACAGAGGAAGUAACAGUGAGUGGGUUCACAUACCCAGCCCAGCUGUUGUUCAGUAUGUUCAGGCUUACACUAGUGGAUGACUAUGACUAUGAUAACAUGAAGAAAAUUGACACAUACAUGAGUGACCUGUUGCUUGGGACCUGGUUCAUGCUAUCUGCUGUUCUAUGCUUGAAUCUAUUUAUAGCAUUAAUGUCUGACACAUUCCAGAGAGUGUAUGAUAAUGCACAAGCCAAUUCUAUAAUGCAAAGGGCCAUCAUCAUCCUCAACAUCUGGGAAUCCAUGCGUAGACCCAGCAAAGAGAAAUUCCUGGCCUACAUCUACGCCUCAUGCAAACCUUUGGUGGACGAUUACGAUGACGACAUGACGCAGUCGGGCGAGGAAGACAUCAAGAAAGUGACGUUUCAGAUCAAGGAAGAGAUAGAAAACUUGCAAGAAAUGUUCCGGUUGCAGUUUGGAGAUCCAAGAUCACAGCUUAUGGACGGGGAAAUGGACAACAAGGAAACCCCAGGCCUAGGCUCGCUGGUCAGUAAGGAUAAUUUCCAGGCUGAGGUUGAUGCCAUCCGUGAAGCUUUGAAGCGUUACAACACACAGCAACUGGAUGUGACUGAAAAACUCUCGCAAGAUGUUUCCUAUGUUAAAACAAUGUUGAUGCAGCUUCUUGCUGCUGAGUCUGUCCAGAAACCGAUGACAACAGAAAAAUCAGUGACCUCAGAUAAACCAGUGACCAGAGAUCCCCAGAAACAAAUGACCCCAGACCCUGAGCCACUAGCUGAUACCUACAGAGAGGUAACACCAUUGACUAAGAUGAGAAGGAAGAAAAAGAAACCCAAAUCCUCACUGUUUAGUCCAGAUGUUGAAUCUGUGGAGGAGAGCUCAUUGAUGUUUUCUUUUAGAGAUAAACAACCAUUGAAUGUUGUGCCUGACCAGUCUCCAGCAUUAUUCCCCAACUUCACCAACAUGGUGGAACCUCAUGCAUUUGAUGUUACAAUGUCACCCAGAAAGACACCAAAGACAAAAAAAUCUUCAGAAAUUGAAGUUGAAGAUGGCAGCUUCACAAAUUGUUGAGAAAGAUCUUUGUAGCAAAUAACAUACAACUGUAUGUUUGUUUCUUUGUUUACCAAUGAUAAGUAUGUGCAUAAGAAUAUGAAGUGAUUUUUAAUUUGAAAUUUCUAAAAAAAAAUAUUCUUUAAGUCAUUGUGCCAUUUAAUAGUUUGUCAUCUAUGAAAUAAUUUUUUUUUAAACUCAAAGCGCUCUGCGUGUGUUUAUUAAGAUUGAAAUUUAAUAAGUAUAGUACUUCCUGUUUUAAUUCUACCUUCAAGAUUUUCUAUAUUUAUGGCAAUUUUUUAAAAUAAAAUUAUUGCUCAGUUGUAUUUUAUUAAAGCUUAUAUUUAUGAAACUUCUUUACUGAGGUUAAUGUAAGCACGCUUUAAUAUUUUGUUAAUUUUUGUUUAAUUGUAGAAUACUUUUUAUAUUUUUGUGCUAUUCUUUACUUAAAUUA